AUGGCACGCAAACGAACAAAGAAGAGAACCCAUCUGGGUGCUAGCAAUCCCGAUGUGGACUCUGCCGGUCAUGCUUCCGCCAAGGACCCCAAGAGCAUGGUUAUUCGAAUUGGCGCUGGCGAAGUCGGUUCCAGCGUUAGCCAGCUUGCGGCCGACGUGCGAAAGGUCAUGGAGCCCGGUACUGCCAGUCGAUUGAAGGAGAGGCGUGGAAACAGACUAAAAGAUUAUGCUGUCAUGUGCGGUCCUUUGGGUGUCACUCAUUUGAUGCUGUUCUCGAGAUCGGAGACCGGAAACACCAACCUGCGAAUGGCCUUGACCCCUCGAGGACCUACCUUGAACUUUCGCGUGGAAAAGUACUCGCUAUGUAAGGAUGUUCAGCGAGCUCAGAAGCACCCCAAGGGUGGCGGCAAGGAGUUUAUCACUCCUCCUCUGUUGGUCAUGAACAACUUUACCCGCCCAGACUCGGACAACAAGUCGAAAGUUCCCAGACACCUCGAGUCUCUCGCUACGACGGUCUUCCAGUCCCUAUUCCCUCCUAUCAACCCCCAAGCUACACCCCUCAAGUCGAUUCGACGAGUCCUGUUGCUGAACCGCGAGGCGUCAGAGGAAGACGAUGGCACUUUUAUCGUCAACUUUAGACAUUAUGCUAUCACAACAAAGUCUACCACCGUUUCCAAGCCUCUAAGGAGAUUGAACGCUGCCGAGCAAUUCGUAACCUCAAAAACCAACCGAAAGGGCAAGAUGCCUAACCUGGGCAAGCUCGAGGAUGUCGCGGAUUUCCUAAUCGGAGGCGAGGCCGGCGAUGGUUAUAUGACAGAUGCGACUAGUGGUAGUGAGAUGGACACAGACGCCGAGGUCGAGAUCUUGGACUCCACAACCCGAAAGGUCCUAUCUGCCAAGGCCAGACAAGCAGCAGCACAGAACGAAACCGAGCCCGAAGCGGAAGAGGAGAACGUCGAGCGCCGCGCUGUCAAGCUUGUCGAGCUUGGUCCCCGAAUGCGCCUCCGCUUGACCAAGGUCGAGGAGGGUCUUGCGUCCGGCAAGGUCAUGUGGCACGAGUACAUCCACAAGAACAAGGAUGAGAUCAAGGAGCUCGAGAAGCGAUGGGAGCAGCGCCGACAAGAAAAGGAUGCGCGAAAGAAGGAGCAAAAGGCUAAUGUGGAGCGCAAGAAGGCCGCCAAGACAAAGGAUGACAACAAGGGCGAGGAUGAUGAGGAUGAAGACGAGUUUGAGUAUGAUAGUGAUAUGGAUGUCGAUGAGUUCGACAGCGAAGGACUCGCAGGCGAUGCUGAGUUCAAGGUCAAUGAAAAGAUGGAGGAGGAUGGAGAGUGGGAAGAUGAGGAGGAGGAGAUUGCCAACAGCUGA